AUCAGCUCCCAGCUCACCAUCAACACGGCCAUCGUGUACAUGCACCGCUUCUAUAUGGUGCAGUCCUUCACCCAGUUCCACAGGAACUCGGUGGUACCAGCAGCUCUGUUCUUGGCAGCCAAGGUGGAGGAGCAGCCUCGUAAGCUGGAGCACGUAAUCAAGGUAGCACAUGCCUGUCUGCAUCCCCAGGAAACUCCUCUAGACACCAAGAGCGAGGCUUACCUGCAACAAGCCCAAGACCUGGUCAUUCUAGAGAGCAUAAUACUGCAGACCCUGGGUUUUGAGAUCACUAUUGACCACCCCCAUACCCACGUGGUGAAGUGCACACAGUUAGUGCGAGCCAGCAAGGACUUGGCCCAAACUUCCUAUUUCAUGGCUACCAACAGCCUGCACCUGACCACCUUCAGCCUGCAGUACACCCCUCCCGUUGUGGCCUGCGUCUGUAUCCACCUGGCUUGUAAGUGGUCCAACUGGGAGAUCCCAGUCUCCACGGACGGGAAGCACUGGUGGGAAUACGUUGAUGGCACUGUAACUCUGGAGCUCUUAGAUGAACUGACUCAUGAAUUCCUGCAGAUCCUUGAGAAAACUCCCAACCGGCUUAAACGCAUCCGGAACUGGCGGGCCUCUCAAGCAGCCAAGAAGUCAAAGGCUGAUGACCACGGUGAAGAUGAGAGCCUGUCAGAGCAGACGAUCCUCAACAUGAUUUCCAGGAACAAUAGUUCGGACAUGAACAUUGCUGGGUUAAUGAGCAUGUCAACGUCCUCGACUGCCGGAGCGGGGCCUUCUCUGCCGGCCACGGCGGACUCGCCCAGCGACCAGAGCGGUGCGGAUAUGUCCCAGCCUGAGCACUGGCUGUCCCAGCAUCCUCCACCCAAGCUGGAGGCUGGCCAGAGUCACAGGACUAACGAAAGCUCGUCGGCUGCUGAGCAUCCUUUACAGCAAGAUGGCGCUGGUUAUCAGAAGCAGAGCGGCAAGAACGCCCCAUCGGCCAAAGUGUCGCUCAAGGAGUACCGGGCCAAGCACGCCGAGGAGCUGGCGGCACAGAAGCGGCAGCUGGAGAACAUGGAGGCCAACGUGCGGUCUCAGUACGCCUACGCCGCGCAGAAUCUCCUGGUCCAGCAGCAGCGGGAGAGGGAAGUCCAGCAGGACAGCAACCCCUCUCCAAUCAUCCUGAAAAUCCCCAUCGGUGGCUCGGAGAACCCUGAGCGCCCUCCCGGCCCUGAAAAGAGUGACAAAGCCUCGGCUCUGAAGCUGAGGAUCCCGGUGGCAGGUGGAGGUGGGGAUAGGCCGCUCCCUUCCAAGCAGGAGGAGAUAAAAAUGCGGAUCAAGGUGCCAACCGCUGCAGACAGGCACGGCUCCUCAGAUGAGAGCAGCGGCAAGAACCGGGAGCACAAGGAGAAACACAAGGGCCACUCUUCUAACCACCACCACCACCACCACAACCACCACUCUCACAAACACUUACACGUCCAGCUUGGCACUGGCCCCAGCAGCGUGGUGAACAAGCGGCCAGGGGACUCUAAACACAGCAGCCAGCCUAGCGCCGUGCCCCACAAAAGCUACGGUCCCCUCGUCUCUUCCCGCAAGAGGGGGGGGGGGCCGCCCCCAGCCACGGCCAUGGCCGCAGCCCACGAGCACCAGCCCAAAGUCAGCAAAGCCUCCAAAGGCCCCGGCAUGCCGUUCCCUUACCCCCACCUCCCCGGGGCGGCCCACCUCCCAGGGCACAGCUCGGAUGCGGGCAACCUCCCCUUACCCCAGGCCAACAAAGCCCGGGGCACCCACAGCAAAUCGGACAAGGGUCCCACGGGGGCCAACGGGCACAACGCCAACCAGGCCAGUGACUACCAGGAUACGGUCAACAUGCUGCACUCGCUGUUGAGCGCGCGAUGCGGGCAACCUCCCCUUACCCCAGGCCAACAAAGCCCGGGGCACCCACAGCAAAUCGGACAAGGGUCCCACGGGGGCCAACGGGCACAACGCCAACCAGGCCAGUGA